CGCGCCCCACCCACUCUGGCCCGGCAGCCUCGCCGCCCGCCACCUCGCUUCGCUCCUCGCGCUUCUCCUCCCUCCGGGGCUGGGCCUGCCCCGGCCGUCGCGGAGCCUCCCCUCCCACCGUCCGUGACCGUCCGCGCCCGGCCGCCGCCUCCAGGCAGCCCGGAGCAACCCGGCACCUGGCCUGGCUGGGCGCAGCACUCCGUUGGCGGCGGCGGCGCGAUGCUGUGCUUCCUGAGGGGAAUGGCUUUCGUCCCCUUCCUCUUGGUGACCUGGUCGUCAGCUGCCUUCAUCAUCUCCUACGUGGUCGCUGUGCUCUCCGGGCACGUCAACCCCUUCCUCCCCUACAUCAGUGACACAGGAACAACACCUCCAGAGAGUGGUAUUUUUGGAUUUAUGAUAAACUUCUCUGCAUUUCUUGGCGCAGCCACGAUGUAUACAAGAUAUAAAAUAGUAGAGAAGCAAAAUCAAACCUGCUAUUUCAGCACUCCUGUUUUUAACUUGGUGUCUUUAGUCCUUGGAUUGGUGGGAUGUUUCGGAAUGGGCAUUGUCGCCAAUUUUCAGGAGUUAGCUGUGCCAGUGGUUCAUGACGGGGGCGCCCUUUUGGCCUUUGUCUGUGGUGUCGUGUACACGCUCCUACAGUCCAUCAUCUCUUACAAAUCGUGUCCCCAGUGGAACAGUCUCUCGACAUGCCACAUACGGAUGGCCAUCUCUGCCGUUUCUUGCGCAGCUGUCGUCCCCAUGAUUGUCUGUGCUUCACUAAUUUCCAUAACCAAGCUGGAGUGGAAUCCAAAAGAAAAGGAUUAUAUAUAUCACGUAGUGAGUGCGAUCUGUGAAUGGACAGUGGCCUUUGGUUUUAUUUUCUACUUCCUAACUUUCAUCCAAGAUUUCCAGAGUGUCACCCUAAGGAUAUCCACAGAAAUCAAUGGUGAUAUUUGAAGAAAGAAGAAUUUGAUCUCACUCAGUGAAUGUUGCAGGACAUUUCUAGAAGUGCUACAGAGGACAGACAGGGUUUUGAGGCCGCCCUGAUUAUUGGGAUGCAUCUGCAGCACAUCCAGGACUUGAAUUUCGCUAAGAGUUCCUAAUAGUUGUACUAUUUCUAAAGAUGUGUUUCCUAGAGAAUGUACAGCCUUAUGACACUGUAGUGAUGUUUUUAUAAUUUUCUAAGUAGUUUUUUAUAUUAACAAAUUCAUAUACAGAAAAAAUAAGGUGUUACAAAAAAUGGAGAGCUCUUAUUUUUGUACAGAUUCUGUCUUUUUUUUAUUUGUGUGCGAUUUAUGGAAAUACAUUAAAUGAGUAAUUUAGGUUCAGUACGUUUGUUACAAAGUAAAAUCGGGAUAUUCAUUUGUACAUUUUAUUCUUAAUGAAUGAACUGUAUAAUUUUUUUUAUCAUAAGAGCAUUUAUAAAAUUGAAUUUAUAAAGAUCAUAUACCCAAAUCAUAAAAAUUUAGUUAAUACAUUAACACUGAUACUGAUUUUUAGCCGAACUAAGCAAAGUGCUUCAACUGAGAGGCCUUUAUACCACCAUGUACAGUAACUCUAAGUGAAUAUGAAGACCUUGGUUUUGAAAUUCUGACACCCACCUUGUUUCUCCCUGCUCAUGAGGCCGCACCUUUUUUUUUUUUUUUUUUUUUUUUUUGAGACGGAGUCUCGCUCUGUCACCCGGGCUGGAGUGCAGUGGCCG